AUGGACGGCAAUCAGUUGGUCCGGCGUUGCGAGGAUGUCGCCGAAGAGCCGAUCUCGCCCUUCCUCAUCCAAGCUGAUUUGGAUGAUCGCCAGCUCGACGACGAUGCCGAAGUCGGGGAGUGGAAGUACUUUGUCUUGGACCCCAAGGGGGUCACACUCCGAAGUCGCCCAACGUACGAAAAGGCUGCGAAGUUAAAAGCACGGCUGGAGGAGGGAGAGGUGGUGGAAGUUCUGGAACGCCAGGAGGGCGCAGACACAGUCUUCCUGCGGGUGGAGGGCCGCGAUGGGUCUACUGGCUGGGUAUUUACGACUCAGCCGGGUCCUGCACCCUUUCUCAGGCUUUUGGAAGUGGAGGUGAAGAAGUGCAGCUUGUACUUCCAGGUUCUUGCUACCCGUGGCUGUCCAUUGCGCUCUCGCUGCUCUUUGGUCGAUGCUGCCAAGGUGGGCAAGGCCGAAGCAGGGCAGCUGCUGCGAGUCGUUAGCCGUUUGGAGGUGGGAGGGACACGUUGCUUCGGCCUCGAGAGCGGCGAGUGGGUCGUGUGUCCCAAGGACCUGGAACCGCCUUUGAAAGGUCCCCUGGAAGUGCGUAAGAUGAACAACGAGGAGGCGGAGGUUCAGGCCGAAGAGAGUGUGAUGCUCCGCAAAGAGCCGACCGACCUUCCAUGGGCAGCCACCAAGAAGGUUCUGCUUCCCAAGUCCAAAGUGCUUGCCAUUCGCAGGGCCCAUUUGCAGGGAGAGAUGUGGAUGGAAGUCAUGCAGUUGGGUGGAAUGUCUGGUUGGAUGCCGGCUUCGGACUUGCAGCUGGAGUUCUCGGUUUCCGACCUGCCUCGGCGAAGUCGAUGA